UUGGGAAGAGGAGGAGGAGGAGAAGGAGGAAGAGGAGGUGGCGGUGGCGGUGGCUACGCCCGCGGUGCCAGAGGCAGCAGGAGGAGGUGGUGGCGGGGAAACGUGGGAAGACUUGGGAGGACGGGGACAGCGUCGGACUGGGGACUGAAGAGGCGCGAGCUGCCCGGGGCGGUGUUGUCGGCUCGCCCACCCGCCCGGCCCCGGCGUACACCCUGCAGUGCCCCGUGCCCUCGGUGUUCGUGCCCCAGCGCGGAGCGCGCCCGGGCAACCCCCUGAAUGACGGGCGGAAGGUUCGACUUCGACGAUGGCGGCACCUACUGCGGCGGCUGGGAGGAGGGCAAGGCGCACGGGCACGGAAUCUGCACGGGGCCCAAGGGGCAGGGGGAGUACUCGGGCUCCUGGUCCCAUGGUUUCGAGGUGGUAGGUGGCUACACCUGGCCCAGCGGCAACACGUACCAGGGCUACUGGGCGCAGGGAAAGCGCCACGGGCUGGGCGUGGAGACGAAGGGCAAGUGGAUGUACCGGGGGGAGUGGUCGCACGGCUUCAAAGGGCGCUAUGGGGUCCGGCAGAGCCUUUGUACCCCCGCCCGCUACGAGGGCACCUGGAGUAACGGGCUGCAGGACGGGUACGGCGUGGAGACCUACGGCGACGGAGGUACUUAUCAGGGACAAUGGACUGGAGGGAUGCGGCAUGGAUAUGGUGUGCGCCAAAGUGUGCCCUAUGGCAUGGCUACUGUGAUCCGCUCACCCCUUCGAACAUCUCUGGCUUCUCUGCGCAGUGAACAGAGCAAUGGCAGUGUACUCCAUGACAUUACCUCUGAUAGCCCAGCUGGAACAAGAGGUGGGUUUGUCUUGAAUUUCCAUACUGAUGCCGAAUUAAUGACUAGUAAGAAAAAAGGAGGCUUAUUUAGAAGAGGAUCCCUCCUUGGUAGUAUGAAACUUAGAAAAUCUGAAUCCAAGUCAUCGAUCUCAAGUAAGCGUAGCUCUGUCCGCAGUGAUGCAGCUAUGAGCAGAAUUAGCUCCAGUGAUGCCAACUCAACAAUUAGUUUUGGAGACGGUGAUUGUGAUUAUUACCCAAUGGAAGACCACGUUGAUGCUACCACAACAGAAGCUUACAUGGGAGAAUGGAAGAAUGACAAACGAAAUGGUUUUGGCAUUAGUGAGCGCUCAAAUGGAAUGAAGUAUGAAGGAGAAUGGCUCAAUAACAAGAGGCAUGGGUAUGGAUGUACAGUGUUUCCUGAUGGCUCAAAAGAAGAGGGAAAAUACAAAAAUAAUGUUCUCGUCCGUGGAAUAAGGAAACAACUUAUACCAAUAAGAAACACAAAAACUAGGGAAAAGGUGGACCGAGCCAUAGAGGGUGCACAAAGGGCAGCUACUAUGGCAAGAACUAAAGUGGAAAUAGCAACUUCAAGGACUGCACAUGCAAGAGCUAAAGCGGAUGCUGCUGAUCAGGCUGCCCUUUCUGCCCGCCAAGAAUGUGACAUUGCCAGGGCUGUUGCAAGAGAGCUUUCACCAAAUUUCUAUCAACCAGGUCCUGAUUAUAUCAAACAGAGAUUUCAGGAAGGCAUAGAAACUAAAGAAAAUCCAGAAGAAAAAGUUCCAGAAAAGCCACCUUCACCAAAGGAAUCUCCUCAUUUUUAUAGGAAAGGCACAACUCCCCCCAGAUCUCCUGAGCCAAGUCCAAAAUCAAGCCACUCUCCUCAGCCUUCCUCCCCAGUGAAAAAGCAAAACCCUAGCUCAGGGGCAAGACUCAAUCAAGAAAACAAGAGUAUCACAGAUGAGCAUGUAACAGCAGUUGUCAACAAGCCCCUACUUUCAAAGGUACCCCCAAAGGAGGAGGUAACAGUAUUGCCUCAGUCCAAAUACUCUGGCCAACAAAAUACCUCCUUCCACCCUGGUAAUGGGGAGUUGCAUUCACAGUAUCAUGGCUAUUAUGUGAAACUGAAUGCACCAUUGCAACCAUCAGAAGACAAGGAGGAAGAUAAAAGUGUGAACCAGUCUUCUUUGGCACUGGUACCCAAGCAACCACAUCAGAAAUCAAGUCCCCCUAAAUCCACGACAAAACUAGCUGCCAAAGAAAGCAAACCUGAGCCAAAAGUGAAGAAGUCUGAACUUGCCACACCAAAGAAUCCAGCAAAUGAUUCAUAUUCUUCUUUAGGAAAAGAAGAUAAUUCGGGUCCUAAUUCAGUCAUGAUUGUCCUGGUCAUGCUGUUGAAUAUUGGGUUAGCCAUUCUUUUUGUUCACUUUCUAACUUGAUUGGAAUUAGGAAAGCAAAAGCCAAAACAAAACACAAAAUCUGCUGCUGCAGCCCCCAACCGGUGAAGUGCAUUGGCUACUCCAUCUGUCCUAGCAGAGUGUGACUAAACUGGAAAUGUAUGGAGCUGCACUUUUUGUUGAUGGAAGCUAACAGCUGCCUUACUGUUUUACCAUCUGACGUUUUUAGUAGGGAGCUGGGGAAACGACUGCCAGAGGAAUGCGGUCAGAGGAUACUGUUGCUGUGGAAGUGACUCCAACAUUCACUCCUUUCUCAUUAGAAGAAAUAGUUUAGCAGCAUCACUCACCAGUCUUAUGCCAUUAUUUGCUGCUUUUAAUUUCUCCUGUGGUGUUCUGGGAGACUCCAUUUUCUUUUGCUUGUGCAUGACUGUUCAUUUUGCUGUUGAUUUAAAUUUGAUGUAUAGCCACGAUAUUUCAUGGUGUGAAGUCCUGGUUAGUGAAAAUGUACUUACUUGUUGCAUCUCAAGGUAAAUGCAAAAGAGAAAUCUAGCAUAACGUGUAUUUUGAUAGGAAGGUAGAGCUCUUCAUAACAUUCAUUUUCCUAAGCUGGUAAAACUCUGUUUCUCCUUCAUGUUGAUUGAGCAGAGUCUGGAGGCACUGUGGAUGCCUUCCUGAGCAGUCCCUAGGUUUUACAUGCUUAUGUCAGCACCACACUGAAUUUCUUAUGGAACAUGGAGGCUCUUUGUGGGGAUAUCCUUAAGUGGAGAGCUAGACUGCAAAAGGAUUCUGAGAAAUAGAAUCAAGGCUUUGCAUGGUUUGAGGAUUUGUUGUUGGGUUUGUUUUUUAAUGCCUUCCUGUUAAUAGUAGUAAUAAGUGUUCAGAGGAUUCAGUUUCAUCACUGACAUCCCCUAUAAGUGAAUAAUCUUGUCAGAGGCCAGUUCCAAUGAAAGUGAAGCUAAGAUGCUAAUAAAACUAUUAUUCAUGGGGGAAAGACUAAUUUUGUGUUGAAUACAUUCAGGUAGAGCAUAUAAAUUUGUUUUUAAAAUCAGUGCUUAUCAAGUUUAUGCCUUUUUUUGUUGUUUUUUUAAAGACCAUAUAUAAUUUUGUUUCAAGUUUAAAAGCCGUAGAAAUUUUCAUUUGGGGUAUUUGUUUUUUUGCAGUCUUUAUUAUUAUAUGAGCUACAUUUAUUUUGUGCUGUUAAACUGUAAUUACUAUAUCCUUUAUUACUUAAAAGCAUGCAUAUUGACUUACAGAAACUAUGUAUGGUAGGAUGCUUGUCCUCAAAGGAAACAUUUUUGUUCUUUAGAAAAUAAUUUGGAGGAAGAAAGAGACUCCUUUGCCUUUUUUUCAAAUAUUUCAUCCUUGGCAGUUUGGGAAACUUUUUGCAAACCCUCUUCAUUUUGUGCAUGAUAUGACAAGAAUUAUUUCCAACUUGUACACUGUCUUUUCAGGGCAGCCCUUUACAGUAACAUAGGUGAGGACUUAAUGCUUUGUCUCCUGAGCCAGCUAACUGCAGGGUAGUAACCCCGUGGUGUUUUUUGCAGAAGUAUGUUGAGAAUCCUGUGUGUGACCAGUAUGGAAUCAAGAAGAAAGCAGAAAGAGCAAAUGAAAAUUGCAACAUGUGUAUUUAUUUUUUUAAAAAAUCAUACUUUUACUUUGAUAUUUAGGAAGCAACAUUUUUAAAUGAAAAACAAGUAAUGUUUGUCUCUAUAUAAACCUUGGUAUUAGAGGUCAUUGCUCCUUCCUGUCCCACUCCAUGUCUCCUUACUGGGAAAAUGAUUUUUUAACUGAAAUAUUUAAUUCGUAUUAAAUGUUUAUUUAAAGUACCUAUGCUUUGAAAAUUAUGAGUAAUGGAUAACUUCAGAAAAUGUUUAUAAAGUAAGCAUGGUGGUUCCAUUUAUAAAUAUAUGUAUGAUUUCUAAGCUUUUUUAAAAACAAAGCUCAAACAGAAAUUGUCGGUAUUUUUCUAAAAUGUGCACAAGCUGUAUUUUACAUGAAAGGCUAUUUAUAAUGGGUUGUUAUACUGUACACUACAUUUUGGACAGCACAUGAAGUCUGCCAAUGUACUUAAUAUGUCACUUUGUUUAUUUAAAGUUUCUUGCUGUGAAAGAACUCUUUACCUAUGAGUUCCUUUAUUUAUAGUCCUUGACCCCAAAAUGUAUAAUGUACAGUUUUCACAACUGUAUUUACUCUAAUAAAAAAGUUGGUUAUUAAUAAAGUUGUAGAUGGAU